AUGAUUUCUCCAUCCACGACGAAAAGAGUAACUCUCUCCCCCCAGGCAGGCUUUUGCGUCAAAUCGACCACUAUCGCGGAGAACGGCGGCAAUGGCAUGAAAGUCUUCAUCAACAUUGCCUGGGAUGCGAAUGUGCCCUCACCACCGCCUGCCAGUGAUGAGGUUAUCCAGCGGGCGAUGCAGGGCGAAGACGACGACGGGUGGUAUGUGCCCGUCGUCGUAUCCGAGCCGAGGGGCGACGUCGAUAAAGUUGGGAAACCCAGCCUAGUCAUUGACUGUGUCUACAACAAAUCUCUCAAGUCGCGUGUGUUGCGCGACCCCGCCUGGAAGACCUUUCUUAUUGAGCUCGCCCUCCAACGUAUUGAGGUCCAGAGUGGACUCCUUCUUUCACGUCGCAUCGGUACGCCCAAUAUCGCGUCCAAGGGCAAGCUGGGCCCAAGGGAGGUGACGGUACCGGACCUCAGCACAAAAGGCAAGGAGAAGGAGACUAAGAAGGCGUUGAUAGAAGAGGUCUCCACCGGCAGCUGGGCCUGGUCCAGGUCGUCCCAGUCUGAUUGUAUAGACAUCCGGAUCGCCGUACCAAAUCUGGAUCGCAGCCUCAUUGGCGACACCUCCCUAGACCUCGAACCACGCCGGCUCAUCUUGUCUGUUCCUUCCCAGCCCACCUUGGAUAUCGACCUUUCGAUAUCAGAUGCAGAGCUUGCUUCGAAACAUUCCCUUUCGGACGCCAUCGCGCUCAAACGCCAGCGUCCGUUCAAGGUCGACGAAGCGACAGCCGAGUGGAUUGUAUCAGAAAAGGUUCUAGUCUUACACGCAUAG